UUUGCAACACAUAUAUCUACUAGUGUCACUUACUAAACUAUGGCCACUACAUCAAUGUUGAAGGCCAUUUUCUUGUGCCUCCUCAUCUCCGCCGCUGCCGCCUCGGCCCCUCGCGGCCGAAAACCCCACUCCCGGCCGCCAUGCCAGCACCUCGUCUUUUAUUUCCACGACAUCCUUUACAACGGGCACAAUUACGAAAAUGCCACCUCUGCGAUCAUUGGGUCCCCACAGUGGGCCAACAGGACCACGUUGGCGACCCACUACAACUUCGGGGACCUAGUGGCGUUCGACGACCCCAUAACCCUAGACAACAACUUGCACUCGGUGGCCGUGGGCCGGGCCCAAGGCAUGUAUUUGUACGACCAAAGGAGCAUAUUCAGCGCGUGGCUCGGCUUCUCGUUCCUCUUCAACUCCACGGACUGCGUGGGCACGUUGAACUUCGCCGGGGCUGAUCAGAUGAUGAACAAGACGAGGGACAUUUCCGUCAUCGGAGGCACCGGCGAUUUCUUCAUGGCUCGAGGCGUCGCUACUUUGUCGACGGACUCGUUUGAGGGAGAUGUCUACUUUAGGCUUCGUGUUGAAAUCAAUUUGUAUGAAUGUUGGUAGAUUUUGAAGCUCAUAAGAAUUUAAUUAGUCAUGCUAUAUAUAUGUGGCUACAAGAAUAAUUAAUGUAUGAUUUUCUA